CGACCGCCGACCGCGACGCAUGUCCCGCUCCCAACGCCGACCGCUCGAAAACGACAGUGAUGCGGUGUACAAUCAAAACUAACUAGUGAUUUGUGAUAAUUCAACUGUAUUCAGCUGUUUUUAUUGUGAACGAAACAUCAACCACAAUGCCGCUCCAACUCCGAAGAAACCGUUGCUCCUCAUUCGUGAGGGAGAACCUGUUGACGCUGCUGACAGUCAUCGGCGUGGUGUCAGGAACUAUCCUAGGAUGCUGUCUGCGAGCUUCAGGGCAGGAGUGGUCCCGGCGUGACGUCAUGUACUUCCAGUACCCGGGAGAACUAUUCUUGAGGAUGCUAAAGUCCCUUAUAGUACCUCUACUGGUCUCCAGUAUCGUAUCAGCUAUUGGAUCACUGGACUUAAGCUUAUCUGGCAAGGUUGGUCUCCGCGCUAUUAUUUAUUACAUGACCACGACGAUAUGUGCCGUGAUGCUGGGUAUUGCCCUGGUCACCACCAUCAAGCCGGGCAAGGCCUCCGCGGACUACACCCAGCCAAACGCCACCAAGGUCGUGGUGAAAGACACCCUCACUACCGAUACAUUGCUGGAUUUGAUCAGAAAUGUCUUCCCUGAGAACCUUGCGCAGGCGACGAUCGCGACAUACCGCACGAGGCUUGUUUACGAUAAGAACGAUACUAAUCAUCGAUUUGGUGAAUUGGAGACUUAUCAGAUCACAGGCGAGUACCAGAGCGGCAGCAAUGUUUUGGGGUUGGUGUGCUUUAGUAUCGUGCUGGGGAUCACUUUGGGAAAGAUGGGAGACAAAAGCCGGCCGCUACAGGACUUCUUCCACGCUUUAUCUGAGGCCAUGAUGAUCAUUACUGGAUGGGUUAUUUGGCUAUCGCCCCUUGGUGUGUUCUUCCUGGUGACAGCAAAGAUUAUGGAGAUCGAUUCAUUCAAGGAGCUGGUGGGUCGGUUGGGACUGUACUUCAUGACGGUACUCCUUGGAUUGUUCCUUCACGGGUUCGGAACCCUCAGUAUCCUGUUCAUCCUGGCCACCAAGAAACUGCCGUGCCGAUAUAUUGCGAAGAUGGGACAAGUCAUGGCUACUGCUUUUGGAACAGCUUCUAGCUCAGCGACAAUGCCAAUAACGAUCGGUUGCUGUGACGACAUGGGUCUGGACCCUCGCAUCACCCGGUUCGUGAUCCCCAUCGGUGCCACCAUCAAUAUGGACGGCACAGCUCUGUAUGAGGCCGUCGCUGCCAUCUUUAUCGCCCAGCUCAGGAAAGUCGAGAUGUCAUUCGGAAAGAUUAUUGCUGUGAGUGUCACAGCUACGGCGGCAAGUAUAGGCGCGGCCGGUAUCCCUCAAGCUGGUCUGGUGACCAUGGUGAUGGUGCUGGACACCGUCAACCUGCCUGCUGAGGAUGUGUCCAUCAUCCUCGCUGUCGAUUGGUUGCUUGACCGAUUCCGCACAACGAUUAAUGUAGUAUGCGAUGCUUUGGGCGCCAUUAUUGUGACGUCACUGUCACAGGGUGACAUAGACAAAACUCGCGCAGCCAACAACGAAAGGGAUGGGCGAAGUGAUGCGCCCUCACAUGAACUAACCGAAAUAGAGAAGGGCGACCAUUGAACUGAAAAUAACGGAAAAUAAGUCCACCGUUGAUUUGCGUGGUCAGACAAAAAGGAAUAACGUUGAACGAAAAAUAAAUAUAACAGUAUCAUGUUGAGUUGUUAAAUUAAUAACGAGUACAAGUUGAGCUUUAAAAAAAAAAUUGUUUCAUAUCAAUAAAUAAUAGUUAAAAAAUAAAAAAAAUCUGCUUAUGAGUUCUCUCAGUUGUCGAAAACCUAAUAAAAAAAGAAAGAAGUGUCGAUGGUUAUUCCAUUCAAAUGAGACAGUUAUUCCAUUUUUAAAAAUAAUUGAAGAUAACGUUGUAACAACCGUUAUUUCGUUAUGAAUGAAAGUUAUCAUUGUAUAAAAUAUUGAUCACUCAGGAUAAUAUUAAUUAUAUCAGUGUUUAUUAUUGUUUAGGAGAAUUUCUUUACAUUUUAAUAAUGGCAUAUUGAAAUAAAUCUUGUUGCUGAACCAGUGAAUGAGACAAUCUAUUUCGUGCGUUUCGAUAUUUAAAAAAUCGACGGUUGAAGAAAAAUAUUUUUUAAAUAAACAUUAUCAGUAUUUCGUACUAAAACAUUAAAGUAAAUGUUAGAAGGAGCUUACAAUGUGUCGGUGUGUUCUAUAUGUGCCAUUUUAUGUAGCUUUAAAGUAGCUGUCGUUAUGAUGUUUAGAAUUUUCGACUCUAUACAUAUUGUACUACUGUUCGAAUCAGAAUGUUCUUGUAAAUCACAUUGUGUCGCCUAUUUAUAACAGUCAUUUAGAAAUAUUAUGACCUUUUUAAUAUAAUGUAGGUUUGUACUACUGUCAGCUAUUUUGCUACGACAACAUUUUCCCUGCCCUUUUCUGAAGUUUUUUCUAACAAAAUUCCCAUUUAAAAUAUUAUAUGACAGAUAUUUUCGAUUCUACAGAAAAUCUUUGGAUAUUUAAAGAAAUGUGUAGCUGAAUCUUUCCAUCUAUUUUUGUAUGAAUGUACAGUAGAGUCGUCUGUGUUUGGUAAAUCUAGUUAUGUGUUUGUAUUGUAAGUAGGUGAUAUUGAUGUUUAAAAUUUGAUUUUACCAAGAGUUGCUUAGUCGACUAUUAAAUGGUCUCGCUCACACAAUAUUUGACUGCACGGUUGGCGCGGUGGCUGGGCAACUGGCUGCCGCGCAACGUAUCACGGGUUCGAUUCCCG